ACACACUUCCUCGCAUGAUUUUUUUCAUAUCACAUUUGAGAUUUUAAAUUGCACUUUUUAGGGAUAAGAUUUGCGGCUCAACCAAUGGAAAUGUCUGCAGACUUCUCAGCUAAUGACGGAUUGGCGAUGAGAGUUGGAGGAGCGCAGCCUGAUGCACCAAUACAACCUGAUGCACCAAUACAACCUGUUGUUGCUCCAGUUAGAACAGAGUUCCCUGAAACUUGGUUGUUUAGCCUCGAAGAGGUUAAUCUGGAGGAUGGAUCUCUUAACAAAGAGUUGAUUGCUCCUGACACCCUGACCUCCUGGAGUGUUGAUGCUCUCUGUAUUAAUCCUUCUUCAGGGCUUGGAGUUUCAAACACCAAAACCAUUCUUGUUUCACAGGAUUUCUUCGCCGACCUUCGUUUUCCCUUUGCUGUGAAACGGGGCGAAGUAUUCCCUCUUAACAUCAGUGUGUUCAAUAACCUAGAGACUGAUCUACCCCUGGUUCUAACAAUACAGUCGGAAAAUGUAAAACCUAGUACAGAACAAUUCAAACUUUGUCUUAGUGGGCGAAGUAACGAACUGAUUUCUGUCCCGACAAAAGCUGACAAAGUUGGAGAUAUUGAUGUUCUUGUGUCUGCUACUAUUGAAAACCAUGAGGGUUGCUCCCCUGUAGAGCAAGGAGUUGGAUUCUCUGAUCGUCUGAAGAAACCCUUGAAGGUGAAACCUGAAGGUAUCCCAGUAGAAAAGGUUCAAUCCGAGUUCAAGUGCCUGGACAAUUCGGUUGAUAAGGUUAUUAUGAGCCGGCUGGAGGUUCCUGAGACAAAAGUAGAGGGAUCAGACCGGGCUUGGAUUCAUGUAUCAGGAGAUAUUCUAGCUCCAGCUCUUCAAAAUAUUGGAAAUCUAGUAAACAUGCCAACAGGUUGCGGUGAACAGAACAUGGUUGGUUUGGUACCCAACAUAUACCUGCUUCAGUACCUUGCUAACAGCCCACAGUCUGACCCCAAGCUAGAGGCUAGAGCUGUGACCUAUAUGGAGAGCGGAUAUAACAAGCAGCUGAAGUACAGGCACUCUACCGGAGCCUAUAGUAUCUGGGGAGGGAAUAAUGAAAAAGCUGGGUCAACAUGGUUGACCGCCUUUGUUGUUAAAGCGUUCUCCCAGGCGUCUGAAUUUAUAUCAAUUGAUGAACCUGGACUAUUGCACUCUGUCAACUGGUUACUGGAUUCUCAGUUGGAGAAUGGUUGCUUUGAGAAGAGAGGAUAUGUCUACUCAUCUUCUCUUCAAGGAGGAAACUCGGAUAGCAGUUUGUCAGCGUUUGUUGUGUCAGCACUGAUCGAAUUUGCUGCUAAGUUUAAGUUUGAGAAUGCUGACAAACUUUCCAACGCUGUUAAAUGUGUUGUUGACAGGAGAAAUGAUUCUGAUUUAUAUUCCUUGUCUUUGGCAACCUAUGCUGGAAACCUAAUGAAGUAUAAGCUGAACUGUCCCUCCUCUCUACUGGCUAUAAAUGGACUAGUAAUGAAUGAAGAACUGUCAGAAGAAAUCUCCAACAUGACAGAGUUUCUUGUAUCUCAAGCUAACAGAACCCAACCUGGAGCCGUGUUCUGGGAUCAGAGAUCUGAGGAACAACAGAACUCUUGGUACUACUACUCAAGAUCUACAGCGAUUGAGAUGACAGCUUAUAAUGUUAUGAGUUUAACACUAAGUGAUAGGCUGGAUGAGGUGGUGGAUUCUGUUAAAUGGCUUGCUAGACAAAGAAACUCACAGGGAGGAUUUGCUUCAACCCAAGACACAGUAGUAGCUCUGCAAGCUUUGUCCCUUUAUGGAAGUAAAAUUGGAAAAUAUCAACAAAAUCUGAAAAUUAAGAUGAAUUCUGAGAAUCUUCAGCUAAAUUCUGAUAAUUCUCAAGUUCUGCAGACCGUCAAAAUUGGUGAACUUCCGGCGGAUGUUGAAUUAGAUCUGGAAGGAAGUGGAUGCAUUCUUGUUCAAACUGUUCUAAGGUACAACAUUCCUCAAGCCCAAGAAGCGCCUUCCUUUUCUCUCAAGGUUACAAAUGCAGACAACAAGCUGUCGAUUUGCACUGCCUACAUUGGGCAAAGGGAAAGCACAGACAUGGUUGUACUUGAAGUUGAAAUGUUAACCGGAUAUAAGGCUGUUAAUCCAGAUAUUUUACUUAAUGAGGUAACAAACAGAUAAAAAAGGUAAAAUUAA